UGAGUGCCUGUCGCCUAGAAAGAUUUGAGUUGAUUUUGAGUGAUCGAAAGUUGAAACGAGUAAAUUCCUUCAUCGCACCUCUGUAAAUUAUAUUCCACGAUGUAAUUAAAAGUAUAUAAUAUACAGUACAUAAUCAAGUAAUUAUUGCAUGUAUACAGAAUAACCUAAUUGCGAGUACACAGCCGUUGAAAAUUUGCGGAGCUGCCGCGGCGGAGACAAUUUGAGGUUAUACGAGUUCAAGAUGAAGAGAUCGCAUUCACGAAGGGACGAGGACGAGAACGAGGAACGUUCUCGUAAACGCAGAGACCGCAAAUAUGACGACUCCAAAGAAUUGAAGCAUAACGGCGAUCAUAGGAGUUCCAGGCACUAUGAUGAUCACAGGAGUUCCAGACGCAAUGACGAGCACAGGAGUUCCAAGCGGGACGACAUUUACCGCGGUUCCAAGCGCGAUGACGAUCAUCGGAGCUCCCGACGCGACGAUCACAGAGAUCGUAGGUACAACGACGAUCGUGGAGAUCUCAGGGACAGCGACGGCGAAGCAGGCGGGAAGCGGAAUUCGCUACGGGAAGAAAUCGGCAACAGGUAUUAUGGAGAACCGGAUAAAACGCGGGAGAAUCCGGAGGAUGCCAAGCAGAAGCGGACGGUAGAUCUUUUGACCUCGAGAACGGGAGGCGCGUACAUCCCACCUGCCAAAUUGCGUAUGCUCCAAGCGGAGAUCACUGACAAGUCAGGAGCCGCUUACCAACGUAUUGCCUGGGAAGCGUUGAAGAAAUCUAUUCACGGAUACAUCAAUAAAGUGAACACCAGCAACAUCGGGAUCAUAACGCGGGAGCUGCUGCGCGAGAACAUCGUCCGAGGUAGAGGUCUGUUGGCACGGUCUAUUAUUCAGGCACAAGCUGCGUCUCCAACAUUUACUCCAGUUUACGCAGCACUGACAUCUAUAAUCAAUUCCAAGUUUCCUAACAUAGGCGAGCUGGUGCUGAAACGGCUUGUUCUGCAAUUCAAACGUGGAUUCAAAAGGAAUGAUAAGCCUUUGUGUAUUUCUUCAGGAACUUUUAUAGCGCAUUUGGUUAACCAGCGUGUGGCUUAUGAGAUUAUCGCUUUGGAAAUCUUGACUCUACUGCUGGAGACGCCAACCGACGAUUCCGUCGAAGUGGCCAUUGCGUUUUUGAAGGAAUGUGGUAUGAAACUGACAGAGGUUUCGCGAAGGGGUAUCGAGGCUAUUUUUGAAAUGUUGAGAAACAUACUGCACGAGGGACAAUUGGAUAAGCGAGUCCAGUAUAUGAUAGAAGUUAUGUUCCAAAUCAGGAAGGAUGGAUUUAAAGAUCACGAAGCUGUACCCGAAGAACUGGAUCUUGUGGAGGAGGAACAUCAAAUCACUCAUUUGAUUAGAUUGGAUGACGAGAUGGAAGCGCAAGAUAUAUUAAACGUGUUCAAAUUUGACACCGACUAUCUUGCCUCCGAAGAGAAGUACAAGCAGUUGUGUAAAGAAAUUCUUGGUUCGGAUGUCAGUGACUCUGAAGGCGACGACGAAGAUGGAGAAGAGGAAAGCUCGGACAACGACAGCAGCACGGAACAGACCGAGGGAAAAGAAGGAGUGAUCCUCGACAAUACGGAAACAAAUCUGACCGCACUUCGACGGACUAUAUAUCUGACUAUACACUCUUCGCUCGAUUUCGAGGAGUGUGCGCAUAAAUUGAUGAAAAUGCAACUGAAACCUGGGCAGGAGAUCGAGCUAUGUCAUAUGUUUUUGGACUGUUGCGCGGAAAUGCGGACGUAUGAGAAGUUCUUCGGCCUCCUGGCCGGUCGGUUUUGCGCCAUUAAUAAAAUAUAUGUGACGCCGUUCGAGCAGAUUUUCAAAGACUCUUAUCAUACGAUACACCGCCUCGACACGAACAAAUUACGGAACGUAUCGAAAUUUUUCGCGCAUUUACUAUUUACAGAUUCCAUAUCGUGGAGCGUACUUUCGUGCAUAAAACUGAACGAGGAAGACACCACGAGUUCCAAUAGAAUAUUUAUCAAGAUCUUGUUUCAGGAGCUCUCCGAGUACAUGGGUCUGGCAAAGCUGAACGAACGGGUUAAAGAUGUAACGUUGCAGGAAGUGUUUGAAGGACUGUUCCCCAGAGAUGAUCCAAAGAACACGCGUUUCGCGAUAAACUUCUUUACGUCGAUCGGCUUGGGUGGUUUGACAGACGAUUUGAGAGAACAUUUAAAGUCCCAUCCGAAGCCAGUUGUUGUGCCGACAUUAAUUACUAAGGAAGAAGAACCCUUGAGCUCUGACGAGUCUAGCAGCUCGUCAUCCAGUUCCAGCCCGUCUAGUUCGACGACAACCGAUUCUUCUUCAUCAUCGUCGGAGGAUGAAGUUUCGGCAAAGAAGAAGAAAAAGAAAGUGCUGCAUAAACGAAAACAAAAUAAAUUGAAAUCGAAAGACAAGAAGGAAGAGAAGGCUAAGAAAGUGCCCAGCAAGAAGAAGAAAGGCAAGACGUCGAAAAAGGACAAAUAAAACAGGCAUAGAAAUUAAGUAAUACAAAAAUAAUAGAGUUUAUAAGUUAUUAAGAGUUUAUAACUUUUUAUAAGUUAUAGUAUAUGAUAAAGCUAUUCUGUACAAAUUAUAUUCUAUGAUUUACAUUUGACUAAGUUUUUAAAAUUCCGAGCGAGCAGGGGAAUA